GCAGAUGGGAUCUUAGCGAGUGAGACACUUGCCUGCUGGAUCUGGGGUUCUGUCUUCCGGGCUGAGCAACUUGCCCAUUGCCUGCCACAGCUCCGGCACCCCGGCAUGGCCGGGAUUUUACAGCCCCAGGCCUUCUGAGCACACAACCUGCCCUCCUCCCUUAGGGCUUUUUACGUUGUGUUCUCCCUCAGGCACUCCUUUUUGUGCUCUCCUUAAAGGUUAGUGUAUGAGGCUUUUUAAUGCAGAAGAGAGAUGGGUCAGGACCAGACAAAGCAGCAGAUAGAGAAAGGACUUCAUCUCUACCAGUCUAAUCACACCGAGAAGGCCCUGCAAGUCUGGAUGAGGGUUUUGGAGAAGUCCGCGGAUCCUGCUGGCAGGUUUCGGGUUUUGGGUUGUCUCAUCACUGCCCACGCAGAGAUGGGCAGGUACAAAGACAUGCUGAAGUUUGCAGUUGUACAGAUUGACACAGCACGGGAGCUGGAAGACCCGGAUUUCCUCACAGAGAGCUACCUAAACCUGGCUCGCAGCAAUGAGAAGCUCUGUGAAUUCCAGAAAACCAUCUCGUACUGUAAGACGUGCCUCAACAUGCAGGGCACCACCGUGAGCCUGCAGCUGAACGGCCAGGUGAGCCUCAGCAUGGGCAACGCCUUCAUGGGCCUCAGCGUCUUCCAGAAGGCUCUGGAGUGCUUUGAGAAAGCCUUGCGCUACGCGCACAACAACGACGACAAGAUGCUCGAGUGUCGCGUCUGCUGCAGCCUCGGGAACUUCUACGCGCAGCUCAAGGACUAUGAGAAAGCCUUGUUCUUCCCGUGUAAAGCAGCUGAGCUGGUGAACGACUACGGGGCAGGCUGGAGCUUGAAGUACCGCGCGAUGAGCCAGUACCACAUGGCCGUGGCCUAUGCGGGGCGUUUGGCCGACGCCAUGGACUGCUGGGAGGAGUCCAUGAAGAUCGCCCUGCAGCACGGCGACCGGCCCCUGCAGGCGCUGUGCCUGCUCUGCUUCGCCGACAUCCACCGCAGCCGCAAGGACGUGCAGACAGCCGUUCCUCGGUACGACUCCUCCAUGAGCAUCAUGACAGAGAUUGGGAAUCGCCUGGGGCAGAUCCAGGUGCUGCUAGGAGUCGCCAAAUGCUGGAUGAUCCGGAAGGAGCUGGAGAAGGCUCUGGAAAACAUUGAAAAGGCUCAGGAGCUGGCAGAGGGACUAGGGAACAAGCUUGGCCUGCUGAAGCUCCACUGCCUGUGCGAGAGGAUCUACCGCGCGAAGGGGCAGCAGCGAGAGCUGCGCGACCACGUGGUGAAGUUCCACGAAUGCGUGGAGGAGAUGGAGCUCUACUGCGGCAUGUGCGGCGAGUCCAUCGGCGAGAGGAACAACCAGCUCCAGGCGCUGCCUUGCUCCCACUUCUUCCAUUUAAAGUGCCUGCAGACGAACGGGACGCGGGGCUGCCCCAACUGCCGCCGCUCGUCGCUGAAGCCGGGCUACGUAUGA